GAAGGCUCCGGGCUGUGUUCUCGUGUCUCAACUAGCCCUAAAGUCUCGUUAGCCCUCCAAUAUGCCGAAGCCAGUGAAACAAGAGGGCGAAGACCCCGAUCCGACCCCGUACCUGUUCGUGUCUCUCGAACAGAAGCGCAUUGAUCAAAGCAAGCCAUACGAUGGCAAAAAGGCUUGCUGGGUCCCGGACGACAAGGAGGGCUUCGUGCAGGGCGAGAUUAAAGCCACCAAGGGCGACCUGGUCACCGUAUCCCUGCCAGGAGGCGAGACAAAAGACUUCAAGAAGGAUCUUGUAGGCCAAGUCAACCCACCGAAGUACGAAAAAUGCGAGGAUAUGUCCAACUUGACAUACCUCAACGACGCUUCGGUUUUGUAUAACUUGAAGCAGAGAUAUUACCAUAAACUUAUUUACACGUACUCGGGUCUCUUCUGUGUGGCCAUCAACCCCUACAAGAGAUUCCCCGUAUACACCUUCCGUUGCGCCAAGCUGUAUCGUGGCAAGCGUCGUUCGGAAGUGCCACCCCACAUCUUUGCCAUCUCUGACGGUGCUUACGUCAACAUGCUGACCAACCACGAAAAUCAAUCUAUGUUGAUUACCGGUGAGUCUGGUGCCGGAAAGACUGAGAACACGAAGAAGGUAAUUGCGUACUUCGCCACCGUUGGUGCCUCGCAAAAGAAGGACCCUAGCGCUGAGAAGAAGGGCUCCCUGGAAGAUCAGGUCGUCCAGACUAACCCUGUGCUUGAAGCCUUCGGUAACGCCAAGACUGUGCGUAACGACAACUCCUCGCGAUUCGGUAAAUUCAUCCGCAUUCACUUCGGCCCCUCUGGUAAACUGGCUGGUGCCGACAUUGAGACCUAUCUGCUUGAGAAGGCCCGUGUCAUCUCCCAGCAGGCUCUUGAGCGUUCUUACCACAUCUUCUACCAAUUGAUGUCCGGCUCUGUUCCUGGCGUCAAGGAGAUGUGUACAUUGUCUAACGACAUUCACGAUUACAACACCGUCGCCCAGGGUAAGAUUACCAUUCCCAACGUGGAUGACGGCGAGGAAUUCCAACUGACCGACCAAGCCUUCGACAUUCUGGGUUUCACCCAAGAAGAGAAGGACAACGUAUACAGGAUCACCGCUGCCGUCAUGCACAUGGGUCGCAUGCAGUUCAAGCAGAGAGGUCGCGAGGAGCAGGCUGAGGCUGAUGGUACCGAGGAUGGUGAAAAGGUCGCUAAGCUUCUUGGUGUAGACUGCCAAGACCUGUACAAGAACCUGUUGAAGCCCCGCAUCAAAGUCGGUAACGAGUUCGUGACCCAAGGUCGUAACAAGGAUCAGGUCGCUAACUCCGUCGGUGCCCUUUGCAAGGGUAUGUUCGAUCGUCUCUUCAAGUGGCUCGUUAAGAAGUGUAACGAGACUCUAGACACCAAACAGAAGAGACAGCACUUCAUUGGUGUACUGGAUAUCGCUGGUUUCGAGAUCUUCGACUUCAACGGUUUCGAGCAACUUUGCAUUAACUUCACCAAUGAGAAACUGCAGCAGUUCUUUAACCAUCACAUGUUCGUUCUGGAGCAAGAAGAGUACGCACGCGAAGGCAUUGAAUGGACUUUCAUUGAUUUUGGCAUGGAUCUCCAAAAUUGCAUUGACCUUAUUGAAAAGCCUAUGGGUAUCCUCUCCAUCCUUGAGGAAGAGUCUAUGUUCCCGAAAGCCACGGACGCGACCUUCGUCGAGAAGUUGAACAACAACCAUUUGGGCAAGUCUGCUCCUUACCUGAAGCCCAAGCCCCCCAAACCCGGUUGCCAAGCCGCUCACUUCGCCAUUGGCCAUUAUGCCGGUAACGUCGGCUACAAUAUCACUGGAUGGCUUGAGAAGAACAAGGACCCUCUCAAUGACACCGUAGUUGACCAAUUCAAAAAGGGUCAGAACAAGUUGAUCCAGGAGAUUUUCGCUGACCAUCCUGGUCAGUCCGGAGACGCCGCCGCCGCCAAGGGCGCCGGUGGCAAGCGCGCCAAGGGUUCCGCUUUCCAGACCGUGUCAUCGCUGUACAGGGAACAACUUAACAACCUGAUGACAACUCUGAGAUCCACCCAGCCUCACUUCGUGCGUUGCAUCAUCCCCAACGAGUUGAAACAGCCUGGUCUCAUCGACUCCCAUCUUGUGAUGCAUCAGCUCACCUGUAACGGUGUGCUUGAAGGCAUCCGUAUUUGCCGUAAAGGUUUCCCCAACAGAAUGGUCUACCCCGACUUCAAGCUCCGUUACAUGAUUCUUGCGCCAGCCAUCAUGACUGCCGAAAAAGAUCCUAAAGAGGCAGCUAGGAAGUGUUUGGAAUCUGUCGAGCUAGACCCUGAGAGCUAUCGUAUUGGUCACACUAAGGUGUUCUUCCGCGCUGGUGUCCUGGGUCAGAUGGAAGAGUUGCGUGACGACAGGCUGUCCAAGAUUGUCUCAUGGCUCCAGGCCUACAUCCGUGGUUACCUAUCUCGCAAGGAAUACAAAAAAUUGCAGGAACAAAGGAUCGCCCUCCAGGUUGUCCAGCGCAACCUGCGCAAGUACCUCAAGCUCCGCACCUGGCCCUGGUGGAAGCUGUGGCAGAAGGUCAAGCCCCUCCUCAACGUCACUCGUAUCGAGGAUGAGAUCGCGAAAUUGGAAGAGAAGGCACAAAAGGCCCAGGAGGCUUUCGAGAAAGAAGAGAAACUCCGCAAGGAGCUCGAGGUCCUCAACGCUAAACUGCUUGAGGAGAAGACCGCUCUGUUGGCCAACCUUGAGGGAGAAAAGGGAUCUCUUUCCGAAAUCCAGGAGCGCGCCAACAAGCUCCAGGCUCAGAAGAACGACCUCGAGGCUCAGCUCAGAGACACCCAGGAUCGCCUUACCCAAGAGGAAGAUGCCCGCAAUCAGCUCUUCCAGGCUAAAAAGAAGUUGGAGCAGGAGGUAUCUGGCCUUAAAAAGGAUAUCGAGGAUCUCGAACUCUCCGUCCAGAAGUCUGAACAGGAUAAGGCCACCAAAGACCACCAGAUCCGCAACUUGAACGAUGAGAUCGCCCACCAGGAUGAGCUCAUCAACAAGUUGAACAAAGAGAAGAAGAUGCAGGGCGAAUCUGGUCAGAAGACCGCUGAGGAACUUCAAGCUGCCGAGGACAAGGUCAACCACCUCAACAAGGUCAAGCAGAAGCUCGAGCAGACCCUCGACGAGCUUGAGGACUCCCUUGAGCGUGAGAAGAAGCUGCGUGCUGACGUUGAGAAGCAGAGGAGGAAGGUUGAGGGUGACCUCAAGCUUACUCAGGAGGCUGUCUCUGACCUCGAACGCAACAAGAAGGAGCUCGAGCAGACCAUCCAGCGCAAAGAUAAGGAGAUUUCAUCUCUCACCGCCAAGCUCGAGGACGAACAGUCACUGGUCAGCAAACUCCAGAAGCAGAUCAAGGAACUGCAGGCCCGCAUCGAGGAGCUCGAGGAAGAAGUUGAGUCGGAACGCCAGGCUCGUGCUAAGGCUGAGAAACAACGUGCUGACCUCGCCCGCGAACUCGAAGAGCUUGGUGAGCGCCUUGAGGAGGCUGGUGGUGCCACCUCCGCUCAAAUCGAGCUCAACAAGAAGCGUGAGGCUGAGCUCAGCAAACUGCGCCGCGACCUCGAGGAGGCCAACAUCCAGCACGAAUCCACACUCGCCAAUCUUCGCAAGAAGCACAACGAUGCCGUCGCCGAGAUGGGUGAGCAGCUUGACCAGCUCAACAAGCUCAAGGCUAAGGCUGAGAAAGAGCGCUCUCAAUACUUUAGCGAAGUCAAUGACCUUCGUGCCGGUCUCGACCACUUGUCCAACGAAAAGGCUGCCCAGGAAAAGAUCGCGAAGCAACUGCAACACCAGCUCAACGAAGUGCAGGGCAGGGCUGAUGAGGCUAACCGUACCCUCAAUGACCUGGAUGCCGCUAAGAAGAAGCUGUCCAUUGAGAACUCCGACCUGCUCCGCCAGCUGGAGGAAGCAGAGUCCCAGGUGUCUCAGCUCUCCAAGAUCAAGGUGUCGCUUACCACUCAGCUCGAGGACACCAAGAGGCUCGCCGACGAGGAAGCCAGGGAACGCGCUACCCUCCUUGGCAAAUUCCGCAACUUGGAACACGACUUGGACAACAUCCGCGAACAAGUCGAAGAAGAGGCAGAGGGCAAGGCUGACCUUCAGCGCCAGCUUUCCAAAGCCAAUGCAGAGGCUCAACUCUGGCGCUCCAAGUACGAGUCUGAAGGUGUCGCUCGCUCCGAGGAACUCGAAGAGGCCAAGCGCAAGCUCCAGGCCCGUCUUGCCGAAGCCGAAGAGACCAUCGAAUCCCUCAACCAGAAGGUUGUUGCCCUCGAGAAGACCAAGCAGCGCCUUGCCACUGAGGUCGAGGACUUGCAGCUCGAGGUUGACCGCGCUACUGCCAUCGCCAACGCCGCCGAGAAGAAACAGAAGGCCUUCGACAAGAUCAUCAGCGAAUGGAAGCUCAAGGUUGACGACCUUGCCGCCGAGCUCGACGCAAGCCAGAAGGAAUGCCGCAACUACUCCACCGAAUUGUUCCGUCUUAAGGGUGCCUAUGAGGAAGGCCAAGAGCAACUUGAGGCUGUUCGCCGUGAGAAUAAGAACUUGGCUGAUGAAGUCAAGGACUUGCUUGACCAGAUUGGAGAAGGUGGCCGCAACAUCCACGAGAUUGAGAAGGCCAGAAAACGCCUGGAAGCCGAGAAGGAUGAACUCCAGGCAGCUCUUGAAGAAGCUGAAGCCGCUCUCGAACAAGAGGAGAACAAGGUCCUCCGCGCUCAGCUCGAGUUGUCUCAGGUCAGACAGGAGAUCGACAGACGCAUCCAGGAGAAGGAAGAGGAAUUCGAGAACACCCGCAAGAAUCACCAACGCGCCCUCGAUUCCAUGCAAGCAUCCCUCGAGGCUGAAGCUAAGGGCAAGGCUGAGGCCCUGCGCAUGAAGAAGAAGCUCGAGGCGGACAUCAACGAACUUGAGAUCGCUCUCGACCACGCCAACAAGGCCAACGCUGAAGCCCAGAAGAACAUCAAACGCUACCAGCAACAAAUCAAGGACCUGCAGACCGCCCUCGAGGAAGAACAGCGCGCACGUGACGAUGCCCGUGAACAGCUUGGCAUCUCAGAGCGUCGUGCCAACGCCCUCCAAAACGAACUGGAAGAAUCCCGCACCCUCCUGGAACAGGCCGAUCGCGCCCGUCGCCAGGCUGAACAAGAGCUUGGUGACGCACAUGAACACCUUAACGAGCUAUCUGCCCAGAAUGCUUCUCUUUCUGCUGCCAAGAGGAAACUCGAGGCCGAGCUGCAGACCCUGCACUCAGACCUUGAUGAACUCCUCAACGAGGCUAAGAACUCCGAGGAGAAGGCCAAGAAGGCAAUGGUCGACGCCGCUCGUCUCGCCGACGAGCUCCGCGCCGAACAGGAGCACGCCCAGACCCAGGAGAAACUCCGCAAGGCCCUCGAGCAGCAGAUCAAGGAAUUGCAGGUCAGACUGGAUGAGGCCGAGGCUAACGCACUCAAGGGUGGUAAGAAAGCCAUUCAGAAGCUCGAACAGAGGGUACGAGAGCUCGAAAAUGAACUUGAUGGCGAACAGAGGAGACACGCCGACGCACAGAAGAACUUGCGCAAGGCUGAAAGGCGCAUCAAGGAGCUUACCUUCCAAGCCGAUGAGGACCGCAAGAAUCACGAGCGUAUGCAGGACCUGGUUGACAAACUGCAGCAAAAGAUCAAGACAUACAAGAGGCAGAUCGAAGAAGCCGAGGAGAUCGCCGCCCUCAAUCUUGCCAAGUUCCGCAAGGCACAACAGGAGCUGGAGGAAGCCGAGGAGAGGGCAGACCUUGCCGAACAGGCCAUCAGCAAAUUCCGUGGCAAGGGACGCGCGGGAUCCGCCGCGAGAGGAGUCAGUCCGGCGGCGUCCGUUAAAGGGCGUCCCUAAAUCAGCACUGGACUACUAUCCCCAGCGUACGCGCCCCGCCCUCGGUGAAGGUUUCGGCACCUUCCCACCAAGGUUCGACCUGGCGGGUGAAGAUUUCUAAACGUUCCACUACAAAAAACAAAAACGGACUGUACAGAUUUUUCGUUGACAAUGUAACUCAAUUUUUUUAUACAUAGCACUUAAAACAUGUUACGAAAAACGUGAAACGAGAAACUGUAAAUUUUGUAAGCCACAAAAAAAUAUACACUAGUAAUCUAAUCUUUUUACGAAAGGAUAUUUUGUAAUUUGUUGAUAUUUAUUUAUAUUUAUUAUUUAUUACCGCGGAGUAUGUAUACCGCGGUGUUGGAGCGGUGAGGUGCGCGUGUGUCGCCGCGAACUUUCGAGACACGCCC